AUGGGCCAUCUCCAGAAGCGUGAGGUUCCCCAGGAGCACUCCCACGACUUUGUCCUCACCAUCACUCGCGAGUUCCUCAACCUCGAUAACCCCAAGGGCAUCGUCGAUGUUGUCUUCGGCCUCUUGGGCAACGCCGCAGCCGCUGCCGGAGCGGGCGACGUCACAAACCUCGACUGCUUGAAGCAGGAGACUGCCGAUCAGGCCUUCACCAACGCCAAGGGCGCCAAAGAUCUCCGAGGCAUGGCGGGUGCUUUGCUGUUCCAAGCCAUUGAGAGAAACACCGGUGGCGUUGGAGUUGCCAGUGUCCUCUGCACUGAGACGGCCGUGAACCCAGAGAUUGCGGCUUUGACUCAGCAUCAAGACCCUGCGUCAGACAACGCUGGGGCCCUCAACAAGGCUAUUACCCUUGAAUUGGCUAAGCAGCUUGCUGGAAUUGGAGCUGAUACAAACUUGGCUCUCCUCAGUGGAACAUUUGCCGCCGGCGAUCCUAAUGACAACACUGGUAAGGGCAAUUCUUGCGAUGAUGAAGAGCCCAACUUGGGUUGCAUCUAUUCCCAGGGUCUCCUUGUUCUCGACGCUUCAGAGGCUGAGGUCUCCGCCGCUGUUGCCGAUGUCGCCCAGACCUUCACAGGCACUGGUGGAAUUUUCGCAACCGACCUUGUCGACCUGGCAUCGUUUUCUGUUGCCUCUGUGACGGGCAGUGUCGAUCUGGCUACCGUCGUGAAUGGCGCUGCUGGUGCAGGAGGAGCGGCUGGUGCCACCGAUGCUGCAAAGGCAACUUCAGCUGCAGCCGCAGCUACUUCUGCAGCAGAGUGUGUGGCCGUACCUCCUACGACAGCCGCAGCUGGAGCCGCAGCUGGAGCGACAAAUGUCGUCGUCGCAUCUUCCACCUCAGCCGCCGCCGCCGCGCAAACAUCGGCCGCCGCCAGCAGCAAUGGCACAAACAUCCAAGCCUUCACUGGCACUCUCGGUGGCCCAGCUCCCCCGGUCGAGUCCUCCGCUGGCGACCGCCCUUUCUCCGUCAAUGGAAACACCUUCGUCGGCUCCGGCGCCGCCAUCGGACGAUCCUGUGACAUCCAGCACAACGCGUGUGCAAACGCCGCCAACUCCGGCCAACUCGCUGGCGGGGUGGGACAGUGCGACCAACAGGCCACCGCUUGCAGGGCGGCAAAUUCCCUGUAG